AUGGAUCACCACCGUCAUCCAAAGAAGCUUCGUUUGCUUCUACUGUCGCUCAUACAGCCCGUUUCCGCGGCCGUUCCCUACGCACCCUCCUCGCUCUUCCUCUCCCCACAACACAAUAACUCCCUCGCUUAUCUCCUCCAGCCUAGCAGUUCCGGCACAGGCGCAACCGAAUUCCUCUCCCUAAAUCUUUCCAGUAGCGUCGAUGCUGGCAGUCCGUCAUAUAACACCUUGCUGGACCGAACACCGUUCCAGAGCAAUGACGAGACCUCCACGUUCGUCCCUGUCAUCAGCGAUCAAGGCGCCAUCACAGUCUACUCAGGGGACUGCCAUCUGUCCUCUCCAAAUCCAGAUCUAUGGCGCUUCCACCCGUACAAACGCACUUCGAAUGGCAAUGGGACUUGGGAACGACUGUCUCUGAGCUCGGACACAACUCGACCAAACUACCUGGCGGCCGGGUUUACUUUCUCGUCUACCAAUACAAGUGAAUCCAGCAUUUUUAUGUUUGGCGGGAUGUGUCCGUUCCAGAACAGCAAAAAUGACAGCUGGAUUUCUGCGGCGACCUACUCCCAGUCGACAAUUGUCUUGAAUCCCACUGGGCCUCAUAGCACCGACUACCAAUCCUCCACGACUGGAGCCCGAGCACCACCGAUCCCGGAGGCAGGCAGUGCAAUUGUCCCACUAUCAGCUACUUACUCGACCGCCUCGACAGACAAGCAACAGGACUUCCUUCUCAUCGGUGGACAUACCCAAAACGCUUUUCUGAACAUGUCUGAACUCGCCGUGUUUUCUCUACCGCAAGAAAGUUGGAGCUUUGUCUCGGUGAAUAAACCUCCUACGUCAAGGACAGAGUUGGCUAUUCGUGGGCAGGCCACGGUGGAGCCUCGAUCGGGUCAUACCGCACUGCUCUCGCAAGAUGGCCGCAAGGUGUUUGUACUCGGAGGCUGGGUAGGGGAUACCAGUGUCCCCGCUGAGCCGCAAUUCGCAGUUCUGGUGCUUGGAGAAAACUACAGUGGCACAGACUGGAGCUGGAUAGUUCCCUCAUCCAAUGGACUGGGCCUUCCUGAGGGCACUGGAAUCUUCGGACAUGCAGCAGCGAUGCUUCCGGGUGAUGUGAUGAUGAUUGCUGGAGGGUACAGUAUCCCAAAACAAUCAUCAAAACGCGCCGCUUCCACUGCACAAAAAAACUCGCAGGUCUAUCUCUACAAUGUGACAUCGGACAGUUGGGUCACUUCCUACACAAACCCUGAAGCUCAUUUUAAGGCAGCCUCGACACCAAGUGGUGGCAGCGGUCUGUCAAACGCGCAGAAAGCAGGCCUGGGUGUCGGAUUAGGGCUUGGAAUUCCCGUUUUAAUUAUCCUGCUUUUCUUUGGGUGGAUUCUGUGGAGGAAACGAAUUGUCCGGGGAAAGCGCGACUCUCAACUCCGUGACUUGGCCCUGGGAGCUGAACGCGCCCAUUUCUGGGGCAGAGAUGAACCGUUCCAGGCGAGCAGCGUCCGAAGCUCCCAGAUGGGUGAGAGGCAGGAUUCUGCUAAUGCCUAUCCCUGGACAGGGAAUCGUGGCUACGGCGGCCGGCAAAACUGGAGGGAUCCUGGUGGAAGUUCACCAGAAAGAACAGGACUACUCAUGGAUGCUGGGAGUCCAUCGAAGUAUGGCAAUCAACCACCCAUGAAUGUCAGACCGUACAGGUUCUCUGGGACGACACAGUAUCGACGUAGCGAUCCAACAAGCGAGAUCCAUCCAAUUGACGAGCGUGAAGAGGAUGAAGCAAUCUUCCGGGAGCGUCUAAUGGCCACAAUACCCUUCGGAGAAGGGCACGAGCUUGGCGAACAGGGAGAUUCACUUAUCGAAGAUCCCUUUGCAUCGCCCCGAAGCACUCUCUUUGGGAUGGGCCUAGGUCCAUUCUACAGCCGGCGAAGGGAUGCUGGGUCUGUUGACCUCGACGGCCGCAUUUCUCCCGCCAAGAGUGAUCGAACAUCCACAAACCUGUCCGAGUCAUCGGCCGCUUCUUUCGUAUCCUUCAGGCCCGCCGGUCAUAUUGCCCAGGUACAGGCUAUGAUUGCAGAACGACCGCUCAGCUGGGCAAGCAGCGGCGGCCACUCGUUCGAGCACCUCGCUGUGGCAUCCACAGCCAGCAGGGAAACCACGCACAGCGAUCCAGAUGGGCUACCAGCCCCAUCUGAGAAGUCCUUGUCGGGAGACUCCUAUUCCACAGCUCAGACGACUAUCACCCAGCGCCAAGCUGAAAACGACUCUCUCCUCUUCGACGACGCAUCUCGAUCCCUCCAGUCCUCACCCUCCAAACUCCCACGCGAAUCUAAACCCAGAGCAUCCGACUGGAUGAUGCAAACCAUGCGCCGAGCCUUGACGCUCACCCGCCGCGGGACAAACAGCUUCAAAGAAGCCAGUUUCGCACCGCUCGCCUCGGGCAUCGACCGCCGCAGCACCGUCAUCGGAGCAGGCGCCGACGUCCAAGACCCCAACUCCAGCACCCCCCGGAGAGCAGUGAGUGCAUCGGCAGAGCUCUUCCGACGCAAACAGGGCGCCAAGGACUGGGGAGCAAACAAAAAUGUCUCGGACAACGUCUUCUCCACCCCCGAUUACGAUAUCGACGACGACAAUGACUGGGACAUUGAGGGUGCUGCAGAGGGCCGCCGCGUCCAGGUUACGUUCACUGUGCCCCGCGAGAAACUCCGGGUCGUCAAUGCCACGGCUGGGGACUUGGAUAACAUCUCGGAGCGCUCGAUAAGCCGUAGUUUUAGUGAUGCACCGGGAAGCCUUAGCCGUCGCAAAGUGAGCGCAUAA